AUGCCAAAACCUUCGGACCUUAAAAGGUUACAAAAAGAAAAAAUAAAUGCAGCCUGCUUUGCCCGAAAUCUUAUUGACCUUAGCUCAAGUGAAGAAUAUGAAAGCAUUAAUUCAAAUUCAAAUAAAGAUAACGAUUCAGAUAAUUAUGAUUUCAUAUAUGAUAAUAAUGAUGAUAACAAGUUUCAAAAAAGUGGACGUCCAAAAACAUAUAUUGGGCUUUCUGCAUGGACUCGUCAAAGAAAAAAGAAGAUAUUAAAAGAAGCAGCAGUGGGAAGCUUAAAGAUUACAAGUUUUUUCCCCACUAAUGAUGAAAAUGAACAAGUUGGUACUUCAGAGAAUGAAUAUAGUAAUAGUGAAUCAGAGGAUGAAGAAUGUUGA